GACGUGGUAAGUAACAUUACGAGAGUCUACUCGUGUCUGUGAUACCGUCUCUAACUUGAUGGCAGGGAUCCUUGAUAUUAUGAGAACGUUCAGCGUCUGUGUUCUGGUUCUGUCUGGCCUCCAGCCUCAGGUUAACACAGAGACAAUCGUUAGAUACCAGCAGGAACAAUUAGAAUCAGCUGUGUGCGAGGAGGAUGCGGUCUGUACGGAGCUCAUGGAACUUCCGAGGGAUAACUACUUCAGUUUGAUGAGCUGCUCGUGUCCAACAGGAACCACUUGUCCCACUCGAGCUGGUGACUCCACUCUACCUUUUGGAAGAGGUCGAUGGUAUGGAUUGUGCCGUCCAGUUUCUGACAUACCAGAAUGCCGUCCAGGAGAAGUGGCAAGGAAACAGUACAAUGGUGUCCGUGAUGUGGGAUACCUCAAAUACACUCAGAUUAAAUGCCUGUGCCCCGGGGACGGUCAGAUAGGAACUAUUCCUACAACGGUGUGGACGAAGACUAGGAGAGACGAUCCUAGGGCCGACUCCGUGUUUGAAUUCAAAUGCGCAGACCAGACUUACAGGCUAACCAGUAAACGCGGAGGGCGUGGUCGAGGAAGAGGAGCAUUCCGAAAAUUUUACUUUUAUAAAUAGUUUAUCAUCGAAUGGAAAAUUAAGAAAACCAAACGUCAUACACAUAUGCACUUCAAUCGAAUGAUGUAGAAAUGUUUACCAGAUUUCUUUACGCUGAAUGAAAAACGAGUGCAAAUAUGUUUUAUAGUAUUUAUAGAAAAAUAAACUAGCAAAAGAAUU